AUGGCGGAAGCGGAGGCCAAGAUGAAGCAGUUCGGCGGCGGGGCCGGCCUGGACGCCGAGCGCGGCCGCUUCCCCUUCUGCGUCGUGUGGACGCCCAUCCCCGUCCUCACGUGGCUCUUCCCCUUCAUCGGCCACAUGGGCAUCUGCACCUCGGCGGGAGUCAUCCGGGACUUUGCCGGGCCCUACUUCGUCUCGGAAGACAACAUGGCAUUUGGGAAGCCCGUGAAGUACUGGAAGCUGGAUCCUGGCAAGGUGUACGCCAGCAGUCCCAAUGCCUGGGACACCGCCGUGCACGAUGCCUCGGAGGAGUACAAGCACCGCAUGCACAACCUUUGCUGUGAUAACUGCCAUUCUCAUGUGGCUCUGGCCUUAAACUUGAUGAGAUACGAUAACAGCACCUCCUGGAACAUGGUCAAACUCUGCUUCUUCUCACUGCUCUAUGGGAAGUACGUCAGCAUAGGGGGGUUUGUGAAGACCUGGCUUCCCUUUACCCUCUUCUUGGGGGUGAUCCUGACGGUGGUUCUGACUCUUCACUUGCGGUGAUGGCAGCUGUGAACCCCCGUUCCACGGGUGCACCAAGGAGGGAACUGUGUCCGCUUGAUCCAGCGAGAUGAAGGCACGGGACUCCGUGAGGCCUUCCCUAGGGAAAGCGGCAGCUCCACUCUGUAGUAACUGCUCUCGUCUCUGUUUCCUGGGACUGGCUUCUCCUCCUGUUUCCAUCCUGUCAGUGAUGUCUCCCAGUGUUGGCGUCCUGAAGCCUCCCUGUCUCCCCGAACAUGCCCUCCCUCUGCAUUUUAUUAGAUAGAGCUGGGAGAGGAGGAGAGGGGUGGGCACCUUUUCUUUCACUGUGAGGUUGGGCCGCGAGGCCAACGCUACCUCCUGGUUCAAGAGCACAAGCAGGUAUGUCUUGUAAGGUUCUCUCUGAUCCCCUUCUUCCUCUUGGCAGACUUUCAGAUGCUCCCUUGGAUUUCGUGAGUCUCCAAGGGCGAGAAGCUGUUUCCCAGCUGUGUGCCUCCCUGCUCGCACACGUUUCAAAGUGGAGGCUUCUCCAGCGUGUUCAGUGCCACAGCACAGGCUGACAGGCUCCCUGUAGCAGAAGGGUGUUGAUGGCUGGGCACUGCUCUGAGGAGACACGUAGAGGAGCAGUCCCUGGUAGGGCAAAUUCAUCUGGUUUUGCUCGCAAGCCCAGAACAGCAAGAAAGCAGAUUGCCUGGCUUGGGUCUGGCUCAGGGCAGCCUGCACGCUUCCAAGAGCCUGCUGCAGAAACGGGCCAAAUCCCUCUCGGCUUGUGCCAGAGAAAACAGAGCUUCCCUGCUUCCUCUGUGCUCUGAAUGCCUAAAGCUGCCGUUCUGCCUCUCACAAGCCACUGACUCUCCUUUGAACCCUGGUGCUUCAUGUGUCACAGCUAAUCUGCCAAGGUGGCGGCAGCGGGCACGUGCCAACGGGCGGGUUAAGGCCUGUUUUAAAAGCCCCCUGGCCUUGGAGAGCAGAACCCAAGUCC